AUGUUGAAGCAUGUCUUUGGGAAGGUGUGGAACAAAGGGGUUCAUGUGUAUGGAGGAAACAGAGUUCUGCCUUGCCUGUAUGUGCCCACCAGUGGUUUCCACAGUGGACAGGUUCAUUGUGCACAGAGAAGUUUUUUCGGGGUAGAGGAUUUCCUUGAUGAUAACAAUAGCCGGCCAUACACUUACCAGAAAGAGAAGAUAUCCAAAAAUCCACAAAAACAUGUAUCAUUCAAACAGCGCACCAUAGCCUACAUUGAACCAUUUACACUUGAUGUGUUCAUCUCAAAGCGGUUUGUUUCGGCCUCAAUCACCCACCGAGUGACAUGCAAGCAGGUUGCAGUUGCUGGUACCAACUCCAAAGACAUUAAGGCUGUCCUCAAGUCUCGGUGCGAUAUACCAGCCUGUUUGGCCGUAGGCCAAAUCUUGGCUGAUAGGGCAAGAGAAGCUGAUGUCUACACUGCUUCUUAUACUCCCAGGGACAGGGACAAGUUUGAAGGGAAGAUUAGGGCAGUUGUUCAAUCCCUCAUUGAUAGUGGGAUUGAUGUUAAAGCAUAUCAAGGGUGUUUCAAUGGCAUCCUCUUCAGGUGGCCAAAAGCAUUUGGCGGGGCCUUCCCUGCUCAGGUGCGGUUCAAUGCGGAGAAAGAUUGUCUUCCUCUACCUGAGAGUGUUUUCAAGAAGGCAAUACAAGAAAACUAUAAUGAGAAAAAGAAGUUCAAAACAGAACUUACAAUUCGACAAGUCAGGAAGCUCACAUCACUUUUCCGACCAGCUCAAGUCCAUUCAACUGCUCUAGCCACUCAUUCUCCAGUCCAGGCUAAAGUUCAGGAUCGGGGAGUUCAUGAAGGAGCUAGGGAAUAG